CUAGUUUUCUACGCUCGCACUAUCAAUAUUGGAUAUUGGAUAUUGGAUAUUGGAUUUCGUGCCGUCAGUUCAAUUUAACUUAGUUCGUUUCAGUUUUCGGUUAUGUACGAGGGCUGAAUCAGGUUGAGAAAGAACGAUUAACAUGGUCAUCUUAAAGGCCUUACUUUUAGCCUAUGUUAUUCUGGGUGCAAUUAAGUGUGAUUCAGAAUCAGAAGAUGAGUCAUCUACUAGGACUACUCUUCAGUUACGUGACAGUGUUAGGUUUUCUUACUCGGUAUCAAAUAUGUUUUUGGAUCUUAUUCGCGGUCAGAAACCACCAACAGCAGUCUUUGAAACUUUGGUGAAUAUUCAAACAUCUCAACGUUCGAGGCUCACAUAUAGGAAUGUGGAGCCUGUAAGUUAAUUUUGUAAUUCUUGUCUUGUGUAAUGUACUGUUGUUUCUCUUGAAUAAUAGUAGGUCUCGAAAUAUGAUUGAUUGAGUCGAGUCGAUUGCUUGCAGAAAGCUCAUGAACUUCGACAUGAACCAUAACAUUUAUCACUUUUGUCUCCUGCUUACCUCAACUGUAGUUGACGUUCGAUGGUUUUAAAAUUAUUUACUGAUGAGCGCUGGGGCUCUCCUAGGAUUUAUAGGUCAGAAGAACAGGUCUCAAUACUCAGGCUGCACGUUCAGUUUGAAAGUAGGUCAGCUGAUUUCUAAGAUUACCUGUCUAUGCUUGAAAAGAUAACUAAGAGCUGCCUGUAAGUGAAAGUAAUGGGAAUACAUCCCAAUAUUUCGCAACGUGCUUUUCAAGACAAAAGUGGGAACAUUGAGCGUUUGUCACAAAGAAGUAAUUUGACUGCUGGGAUUACCUUCAAAGCAGAUAUGUAGGGUUUUGGAUCAUAUAGUAGUUCACGUAUUGGUUUUUAGGUAGUCACGUUUUAGAGCGAAACUUACAAGUAAUUAGUGAGUUGGAAGAAAGAGAAUAUUGGGAGUAUAGGAAGUGGUUACGACUUAUUUGGGAUAUGGCAUAUGCCUUGCAGUUGGUCUUUUGUUUGCGAUUUUAAUGCCCCUUAUUGGACUGGUUUUCUGCUGUGCUCGAUGUUGUGGCAAAUGUGGGGGACGUGUGCAAUUUGUAGAUGCCAAGAACGAUCCUUGUAAACGGGUUAUUUACACAAUCUGCUUGGUUUUGAUUGUAACAUUUCAAUUGGCUGCCGUAGUUUUGGUUUUCAUUAACCACUAUCUGUUUCAUGAAGCUCUGGUGAAUAAAGAUCCACGAAUUGGGGCUGUCAGUCAGAUUAACCUGAGUCUUGUAGAAUUUGAAGAAGCCCUGAAAGAUAUGGUUCAGAUGGCAAAGAAUACUUCAUCAACAGAUCUGGCUGAACAAAAAGAACGCUUUAUGAGGAUAGUAGAUGAUGGCCUUGUCGAUUUCCAGGAAGAUUUCGCCAAAAUGUCUGAAGUACAUGAUGUGUCUAACGCAAUUUCAGAACUUCAGAAAACUGCUAGAAGUUUUAUUCCGGGAUCGGAGGCAAUCUCACAAAUCAACUACUUUAAUGAUUCCCUUCAUGAAAUGAUUGCUGAACUACCUAGUAUUCGUCAACGCCUGACCGAUACUCUGAAUACUGGAUGUUCCAUUGAUAAAAUAAUUGAAUGUCAAGAAUUAAUGAAACUAGCUAACGAUAAGUUAAAAGUCCGUCUUUCACCAAGUAUGUUCCAGCCGGAUGAAGUGGUUUCUUUAUCGAAUCAACUUCAACGCCAUCUUCACGAUGUUGAUUCACUUGAUGAAUUCAAUGAAACGAUCAAUAGCCUGGCUGUUAUUGUGAAACGUUCCAUUAAUGAUGACCUAAACCGUGCCUGGAAUGAUUUAGCUCAAUCCCCUGAAACUCGAGAAAAGUUGGCUAGCGUGUUUGAAGGCAUCCUUAGUAAUGUAAGUACAACAUUACAGUUGGUUCGUGAUAGUCUGUCAAUGGAUCGAAAUGAAGAGAUAAAUAAUCAUUAUUUACGGGUUGUCGAGUAUCUGUUAUAUGGUGGAAUAGCUCUUCUCUGCAUGCCCAUAUUGAUUUUCCUGCUGUUGUAUUUCGGACUAUGUUUUGGUACCUGUGGCGAUCGUCCAUAUGAAGAAGCCGGUGUAUGCAAUAGAGGCGUUGGCGCCAAUUUAUUACUUGCGUGGGCUAUUACUCCUAAAUUCGUGCACUCAGAAAACCUUGAGCAGUGGGAAUCCAUUAGUCAAGUAGUCAUGCCUAUUGCUAUGGGUACUGUUCAUAACUACGCUCAUAUUUGUGCAAAUCAUCAAUAA